AUGCGACUGAUCCUUGCCGUGUUAUGGGCCAUCCGCCAGACAACGGCACAGCCAGCUAAUUCAAUCGAGGCAGUGGAAGCAGAAGUGGAGAUCUGUUACAACAAACGCAUAAAUAAUGAGACGGUGUCUCCGUUUUGUGGCAAGAGAUGGGCAGUGAUCAACGCAGCGAAUGUGCGAGAGUUCUGGGAGGUCCAUGAGCUGGAGUUCUACUGGGAUUCACAAUGCACAUUGCCAUUCCCUGUUGGCCUUCCGAUAGCUUCUGAAGUGCUGAGCUCUUUGCCCGGCAACACCGAAGACAUGGCCUGGGACGGUGAUCUGCUAACGAUGUGGUCAGCAAAUUGCAGAGUCCUGCUAGGCGGCUGCAGUCCAUACACACAGUGGGUCGGCAAGAACAUCGGAGAUUCCAUUCCACUUAACAAAGAGCCUGUCGAAGUCUUCGCGCAAGUGCGUUGCACGCGGAUCUACCAGUCCCCAAAUGCCACCCGGCAAUCGUCCCAAAUUGGGAUCAUCACCUGGGAGAACGAGCGGCUUGACAGUUGGCAGGUGAUUUAUGACUAUGGUGACCUUGCAGGUGGGGCUUGGCACACCCGGCCAGCUCGCGAGGAGUCCUUGUGGAGAAUCUGGAACAAGGAUCCCAUGCCGAGGCCCUGGCAGGUUGCAGAGGUCAUGUUCUUCACGGACCUCUUCUGCGAAGAAGAUAAGCAGGCCUUCGGAACCCCGAUCUCCAACGGGGCCACCUUCCUGGACAAUUGCAUCGACAGUCGAAGCUGCGACCGGUAUACUGCAUCGAAGGCCUUCGAUGGUAUCAAGAUGCCAGGCUACCGACUGCCUCGAGUGGAGGGAACGUGGAUUGCCAAUUGUGACGAGUGGGCCGGAUGUGCCUCAAUGGAGGCCUGGAUUGGCUUAGACUUCGACGUCCUUCCAAAGCAAGUCCGAUGCAUACGAAUAAACCAGCCCGUGCACGAGGGCUACUUCGAGGGAUGGGGAUAUCCGCACUUCACGUCCAGGAUCUUGCUGCAGAGUUGGGAUGGCUUCAAGUGGGAAGACCGGACUAUCUUUGGCGGCCUUGAUCAAGGCGGAUGGAACAACACCAUGCCCAAGGAGCAUACUUCCUGGCGAAUUGCGAACUUUGAUCGGAUCCUGUUGUCAUGGAGGGUAUAUGAGCUAGAGCUAUAUUCAGAUUCGGACUGUUUGGGCAGCCCGAUGAUGGGUGAGAGUGUGGACUCAAAUCCAGCACUCCUGUCGGAUGAGCAGCAGGUGGCCUGUUGGACCGACCUCGGAAGUUGUGGAGACAAUGCUUUCGAUCGGCAAGCUGUGACCGGCUGGGAAUCGGCGUGCUCUCCGUGCGACCAGCGGCGCGCAUGGAUUGGACUGAGAUUCAUGGAUGCUAGGAGUGUUGCGUGCUUUCGUUUGAUACAAAGCGAGGAUGUCCGGCAUCGUACGGAUGCAAUUGAGCUAGCAGAAUGGAUGGGCGACACCUGGGAAACACGCCGUUUUGAAUCUGGAGUUGGCGGUGGAACUUGGAACAGGCGGCCCAGUGGCGUCUCGACUAUGUGGCGACUGCUUACCAUUGUAGACACUCCAAGGCCGUGGACAAUUACUGGACUGGCAUUCUACAUGGACGACGUGUGCAAUGUGCCGCAUACCGGCGAUCCAAUUACGAAUGGGAAUGAGAUACAAUUCCGAUCCGAAGACGCGUUUGACAGCUCUGAUAUAACCCAAUGGGUCACCAGUUGCACCCCAGCCUUCACAGGACACCAGGGAUGCAUGGCAAAUUCUGCUUGGCUGGGUUUACAAAAGCAGGAGGCCUUCAGUGUUUCUUGUAUUCGACUGUACCAGUCCAGGGACAGAAACCACCAGGCGUCUUCGGCCGUGUUGCAAGUCUGGGAUGGACUGGUGUGGACUGCAUCUCAAAACCACCCAAUCCUGACGGAGCUUGGGGGCGGGGCCUGGCAGGUCUUGCCUGGGAUCCGCGGCUCCAUGUGGCGAUUCCUCGCUGACCCAUCAGUUGGGGGCCACGGUGUAGGUGUGUCUGAGAUACACCUUUACAGGAAUACAGACUGCACAGAUCGGAUCCCAAUGGCAGUGCCGAACAUUAUGCCAAUCUGUUCUGGCUAUGCUACUGCCAGAGAAGUUGGCGACAAGACCGGAUACACCAACCACUACUCCAGCAUGGGUGAGCUGACACCAGCAGACCCGCUGAAGGCUUUCGACGGGCUGCUUCACACAUUCUGGGCAGACAUUGGUGGUGCUCGAGCAUGGUUGGGUUUGGAUUUCUCCACUCAGGUGUCAGAUGUUCAGUGUAUUCGGCUAGCUUUUCCGGGAAUUCGAGCCCUGCAGCCAAGCUAUGGGGAGCUGCAGGGCUGGAGUGGCAGCACUUGGAAUUCUGCAGUUUCUGGCUCCACCUCUAUCUUCAGCAUGGACUCCACGCUUCUUCUCCCCUUGCCAUCUCUGGGUGGGCAAGGCUUCCAGAGGAGGCCAGCGCCGGUGAACUCUUUGUGGAGGCUUCAGAACGUGGCAUCUGUCGUGACCUGGGUGGUCUUCGAGCUGGAGAUGUACACCGACUUGGCAUGCCGGGGUGAUCCCAUCGUCGGAAUGCCUAUUUCUUCGGCUGAGGAUGCAGUGCUUUCAGACAGAUUCAGUGGCCAUAUGAACCCACACAAGGCCUUUGACAGAGACAACACGUCGUAUUGGCAGGCUCACUGUGUGAACGAUGUGUGUACCGAAGGGCAAGCUUGGGUUGGCUUGGAUUUGGAAGGAAUGCACAAAAGUGUCCAGUGUAUUCGCCUGAUGCAAAGUGGCCUCCGGCACGAGCAAGUUUCCAUGGUGGUGCUCGCUUCGUGGAGUGGGGAAGGCUUUCAAGAGCGUGUCAAGUACAAUGGACUAGGAGGUGACACGUGGAACACUCGCCCGGCGCCGCCCGACACGAUGUGGCGCAUCGCUUAUGGCCAGCGCUCCGGAGAGACGUGUCUGGGUGCCGAGGAGCGUGGCUGGCCACGGUCCUGGGGUGUGACUGAAGUGGAGUUUUUUGUGGAUGACGACUGUCAAGUGAAGCUUCCAGGGCCCAAGGAAGGUGUUGAUGUAGUUGCUUCAGGCACUAGGGAGGCGGGGAUCGCGCCGCUAUCGGGGACAGGGCCGCAUCUUGCCUUCGACGGCUUAGCAUCAACAACCUGGACGGCACAGUGCGGCGCCGGAGAUCGGGCCAAUCAGCCGGCAGACUGCAGGGCAGGGGUCGAAUGGGUUGGUUUGGAUUUCAACCGGAAGUUUGACGGCUUGCCUGUCAUGAUUCGGUGUUUGAAGCUGACCCAAUCUCGGAGCUCGGCCUCUGACUGCUGUGAUCCAGCCGAAACGGUCAUGCUAGAUCGCUGGAAUGGCACAGAUUGGGCCAGGGCAAGUUGGCGCCAUGUGUCAGACACUGGAGAAAUCUUCGAACCAGAGGCCAGCUUCUCCAGUGUUGCGGAAUGCCCGACUCUCAAUCCAGAUCAAGUUCAACUGGCCCUGAAUGGACAACUUCCCAACAGCAUCGCCAACCGCCCAUCGAUUCAGCAGCGGAAGCGCCGACAAGGGGAUGAAUGCAUCAUUCCGAAUCCGGCAUCCGUGAAGCUGUUGGCCGACCCGUUCUGCGAGAAGCAUGCGGCCUGCAAAGAGGCCGGAUUUGUCGGGACCUGCUGUCCCAUGGACUCUGGUAUGUCUCGAUGCUGUUGUGACUUCAACUUGAAUUCGGAGGUCUUCGAGGAUGAGAUUCUGGAUGAGAAGAUUGCCGCAGAAGUGUUGCAAGCUGCUGGAGUAGGCUUUGAGCUGAUCAUGAUCCAGUCGGCGACGGUGCUCCCCUUCAUCGGCGUCAUCUUUGCCCUGCUCUUCCUGAUCAUCUAUGCUAUUCCGAAGCCACCCAGCAGAGAUGAUGGGACGUCAACCUGCGGAGAGAGGCUAUGGUACCGCAUUUGCGGGCCGACGCACAGGUGGCUCCAGGGUGGAGGCUUGCUACCAACCAUCUUGCUUCAUCUUGUACAGCGGAGCCAGUUUGACAAGUGGUGGACGUUGAUUUUGAAGAGGAUAUUGCUGUUGCUCUUUGGCUUCAUCAUUGGUGGUAUGCUGCUUUGGGUGAUGCUGUCCUACCUGCUCGCCGAAAUGAUCACAAGGAUCAUCUUGGCCUGCAGCUUUUUCAUCCGGCUGUCCAAGUCGCGCUACGAUCCGAAGAAGCCUGCCGAAAGGAAGCGGCUGGGUAUCGUCCUGGGCGUGCCCAUCGGUGAUCCUGAGGGAGGUCUCGGCUUGGAGUUGAAGCCUCCCAAUCUAGCCGGCAUCCUCUUCGCGCUCUUCGAAAGCAUCAUUCUGGGCCUCGUGGGCGUCGUGCAGGCCAUGUUCGACGUCCUCCUUAUCAGGUUUGCUUUUGUCAGCAUUGGCGCCGUGGAUUUACGGCUCGAAGCUUUCGACAUUAUCAUCCUUGUUCCAAGUCCUCCAAACGUCGAUGUUCAGGGUUUGGUACAGUUCCUUGUUGAUCUUGCUUCGGUGGCCACUCGAUUCUUUACAGCGGUCAUCAGCACCAUGUUUGUGGGCGCACCGCGCUGUGAAGGACCUGUUGUCAUACUGUCUGCUUGCUUUUUGAUCGUCAUCACGCUAUUGAUGGUGCGAUGGCUCAAUUACGACUACUUCGGCCUUCUCACUGCUGCCAAGUACAGUGCCCAGAAAACGCGUCCAACCUUCCAGAAAAGCAUGGCUGUUGGCUUGACUACGGGUUUGCAGAGUGGAAUCUUCAUCGGCAUGCAGUGUUUGAUGCUGAUCUGCACACGCUCUCUGAAUUUGGUGGAGAUCGAUCCCUUCAAGGAGAGCACUGGUUGGACGUGCCCAUAUCCUGACGACCACAUCUCCGUCAUAACGGGCCGCAUUUUCCUUGGCGUGAUGGCCUUGAUUACCUUGAUCAUUUCCUUCCUGUGCGCCAAUGGGCACUUCAUGGGGCAAGAGUACAUUCUUAGAGACUUCAGCAAGCAGAUCGACAUGAAACUGACAAAACUGGAUCCUGACGCCCAGGCCAGUGGUGGCGGCAUCCUUCGCACAACGCAUUUCUUCAGCAUGCUGCCCACAACUUUCGGCAUCUGGAUUGAUGGCUGGAAUGUCAAGGGCUAUCUGUUGAAGGAGCGUGCCGAGCUUUACGCCGAGGAGCUGCGAGUUCCACAGUUCUGUGAACACUGCGGAAAGCCUCACAUUCCGUACCUCGAGCUGAUGAAGGCGUCAGGGAGACAGUUGAGCUUGGCAUACCAGAUCUUUCCCUUCGGUGCUGUCAUCGGAAAGGCGGUUGAGAGAUUCAACAACCCACCACUCGUCUACUGGGGUACUGAGCUCAAGUGCUUGAGAGCGAAGCCUCACGUGGACAAGGUGAAGUCGAUGCAGGGCAGGAAGAUGACGGCUGGGCAGGCUACGAAGUAUCGAGUCCAACUGCAGAUGGCAAUGCUCAAGGAUCUGGGCCUGCCCGUCUUGAUGCGGGUCUUUUCUGUGACUAUGUAUGUGACAAUGGUAUACUUUACAGCAGUGAUGACCCAGGAGAAUGUCGUGGAGCUUGGAGUGGAGAUGUUUCAGAUCCUCACGUACGUAGCAUUCUCCAAGGCGAUGUGCGAAGUGUUUCUGCCCAUCGUGUGCGUGGGCAUUGUGGCUGCUUUGGUGGCGGCAUCUGGCGUCGCCGCGAAGAAGGCGGCGAAGGCAGCAGUCCAACCGUACCGGCUCUCCCCAGUUGUGGGGCAGGUGCUCCAUGGCGUGUCUUCCGGCUUUGCCUUUGCCCUCUUCCUCUACCAGGAGCCUGGUGUGGACUUCACGCUUGGCUUGUGCGCCUUCCUGGGAUGGUUGGUCGGUGCAUCUCUGGCAGUCUUGAUUGCCCUGUCGUCCUACGCCCUGGAGCUGUGUGCGAAUUGCGAGCUCUCUGGGGGCAUCAUCAAGGUUUGCUUUGCAGCGAUGUCGGCGGUAGGACUUGCCAGGGUUUUUACCUGGAGACUGGCCGAGACGAAUUUCUACCUUGCAAUGUCCAUGCUGGCUCUGGUUCUGGUGCCGGGCACCAACCUUGCCUUCAGGAAGACUCCUCCGGAAGCAGACGGUGCCGAGUCUGAAAGCAGCAUCUGGCCCUUGGUUUCCACCGCACGCGUCAUGUCCGGUCCCUUUGGCGUUAUCGCUGGGGUCUUCGGUGCAAUGGUUGCAUACGAGCCCAUGGCGACCCAAUUCGGAGCGGAUAUCGGCUUGCUCGUGUCAGUGGGCUUCGGCUACCUCUUAGGUUUGGCUUACGGUUUGGCCACGGACAAGAUGCUGGAGAAGCCAGCAGGUAAAUGGAGUGUGGCAGCAGGGACGACUGCUGCGCUAGGGACCAGCCUUCUGAUCCACUGGGCCAUUGGGGUCAUCGUGGGCUCCGUAGUGGGCAGCCUCACGGGGGCGCUGAUCGAGCGGCGGGUGAUGAAGGAGAUGGAUGCACAGUGCCUGGAGCCACCGCGCUUCACGAAGAAUGUCAUGCAAUCCAGCCCGACGAUGGGUCCGGUCUCCAACGUGGUUGCAGCCAUGCGUGACAAGUCAGAGAGAGAGGCAGAAAUACACACCAACCUGCCCACAUUGUACAAGGCAAGUGCACCCGGCAACCAGCUUGCACGAGCCGACUCAGGAUAUGGAAGCGCAUAUGAUGACUUUGAAAAGGAGCGGACCCAGUUGCCAUUUCAGUCGCAACCCGCGCUGACUGAAACCUCCUCCCCUGACUUGGCCUUGCAAGACGGAUCCGGAACGCAGCUGGACCUUGCCGUGGUGGGAGGUGUUCAAGAUGAAAUGGAGCCAAGGAGGCCGGAAGACUCCCAGGACGAAGCGAUGGAGAGGCGAACGUCGGAGCCAAGACCGCUCGACGAUGCAGACAGCGCUGCGGUGUUUGGCACGUCGCAAGCAAGCUGGCAUUCCUAUGGUGAAGUUUCAGGAGCUUCUCCGCAGACUUCACCGCAAAGAACGGCCAGGCCGUUUCAGAACAAGGCCGCUAAGCGAACUUCCUUGGCUGCCUCGGCCAAACAGGCCAAGGUGAAGAAUCAGAUCCCACCGCCCGGUCCGCGAGCAGUCUGGGGCGGUGAUGCCGGGCCCGGCGGUCCAGCCGGUUCUGGUGAGCGCGGGCUCGUCCAGGCUGCCGCACAGGCCGCAGACGCCACUGGUCAUGUGGCCGGUUCGCAAGGUUAG